AUGGCCGAAGAUCCCAGAGCCAUUGUAUCAUGGCGGAGCAUCCUGAGCCUUAAUGCCUCCUGCUGCGCCCUCAUCGACGCCACGGACGACCACGAAUCGUUGUGGACGACUGCGCAGCUCAACUUCAGCAGCAGCCAUGGAAUUCGGUGCAAUUUCGCCUACGUUCCGAUGCUGUUGAAGCAUCCUUUGGCUAUUCUCGCAUGUGUGCCCAAAGACGUUGCGUUAUUUGCUGCCAGAGCCAUUGCUGGAGCCGCCGCUGAGAGCGUCACGGCUCCGCUUGACCGCAUCAAGAUUCUUAUGCAGACUCAUAGGGUGCGAGUUGGGCAACAAAGCGCUAACCAGGCGAUCAGUUUUCUCGAGGCCAUAACAAUGAUAGGGAAGGAAGAACGGAUUAAAGGGUACUGGAAAGGCAACCUUCCUUAG